GUUUUUUGUAAAGAAUGAAGUUGCUAUACUUACCACAAACCACUACCGUAUUCACACGUUGUCACUUAACACAAAACACAGUUGCCUUCGAUUUUGAAAACGUUUUUGUAUCUAGUGUUUUUGUAACUAGUGUGUUGUCGCGCACGCGGUUUUACGGCAAGACUACUUUCAAUAAUAGAUAACAAUGUUUGUAGGUCCCGAAUACCAGCUGUUAAGUUCGCUGAAACAGCCACUUUCGUUAGAGCUAUUUGCGAGUGACAUGCGAAGCCAUAUCAGAUAAAUGCCAAACGUAAAGUUCACCUCGUUGGCAUGCCUAAUAGGGUUGUUUAUAUUUGUUGGCAUUUACCAAUGGUCGGACGACCCAACACAGGGGCCAAAACUUUUUCCCCUGAAAUAUAGAAACAAAGAAAUUGACAGUUACACAAACUCAGCAACUGUAAAUUUAACCAGUACUACUCAGGAUAAAGACCGGGAGAUACGCAUUCUGUUUUGGAAACCCAUAUUUGGCCAAUACAUUAAAUUUAACAUUGAUCGCAAGCAGUGUGGUAACUGUGUGGUUUCCUAUGAUACCAAGUACUUGGAAAGUAGUGAUGCAGUCAUAAUUCACUACAGUGAGGCACGAGUUGGUGCAUUACCUAACCCAGCCAAGAGGCAUCCCAACCAAAUGUAUGUGUAUUUUUCAAUGGAGUCACCGUAUGCAGUAAGCGUUUUGCGAGGACUGCACUUUGAUAGUUUAGGACCUUACUUUAAUUGGACCAUGAAUUAUAGACGAGACGCUGAUAUUUUUUUCCCGUGCUUUGAAUGGUAUGUUGGACAAAACAUAUUUAAUGGAGACACAAAAGAUCAGUAUUCCCUCAAAGUGGUACAGGACAUAAUAUCUAAAAAGUCGAGCCCACUUAUGGUAUUAUGGAUGGCUGGAAACUGUGGUUCAACACAUGGUGCUAAAUUACGAAUGCAAUUGGUAAAAGAAAUUGAAGCAGCAGGAUUAAAAGUUGAUAAACGUGGAGGGUGUUUUGGCACCCAAGCUCCAAAAGGAGAUGUUUACAAAACAUUUGCUGCCAAGUAUAAGUUUUACUUUUCAUUUGAAAAUGCAAUGCACUGCCGAGAUUACAUCACAGAGAAGUUAUGGAAAAAUGCCUUGGAUUCUGGUUUGGUUCCCAUAGUAUGGGGUCCCAAACGUGAAGACUUAGAGCAACUCGCACCUAAAGGAUCCUAUAUUUUUUAUGAGGAUUUUCAGUCAUCUGCAAAACUCGUUGAAUAUUUAAAUUAUUUAGAUACAAAUGACACUGCUUAUGCAGAGUAUUUUAAUUGGAGACUUGAGCAACCAUCGCCAUCUGUUUACAAAAUGGUGGAUCAUGCCAGUGAAUACAAAAGGAGGAGUGGAAUAUGUCAGAUGUGUCAAAUGCUGACAGAAAAAGUCAAAUUUAACAAUGUAAGUAAAAUUAUAAAGUCUUUGGACAGUUGGUGGACUGGUACAGAGAGGGAAGAAUGCUUAAGCAACACAAUACCGUUGCAUCCUACAGGUUAAUGCAUUGUUUGUAAUGAAUAACAUUUGUACCGAUUGUAAGAAUGGUAUUUCUCCUUAAACUUACUAUAAUUAAUUUUACAAACGAUUUUACCAAUUUUUAUUUCUUUGAUUGCACAAAUUUUUAUAACAUAGGUAUAAUAUAUUAUAUGUAUUAGAUGUUGCAUAAAUAUUGUCACAUACAUUUUAAUUGUGUUGCCCAUCCCGGAACUACGAGCUGUUAUUACUGUUUAAUUUUCGUAAUUUUGUUACUUCAGAAAGCAGUUUCUGAUAUUCCACAUUACAUGUUUGUACCGAUGUAAACUCUUGUAUAUCCUGUGAAACAAUGUUAUCUUCUGGCACUGUUAGAAAACCAGCUUUGUCAAAGAGUUCCAAUAAUUUUCGAUUGUAACCUUUUUCUGUAAUGAACUCAUUGUAAUGAGCUUGUUCUAUAUUGUCCCAUUCAUAUCGCAAACUAGCAUUCAUUGUUACAUAAACCAGCAUUGAAUCUG